CAGUAGGUGCAAAUAUCAAUCUGAACAUGAAUGACAAUCAGAAAACGGCAGUUAAAAAAUUCAGUUGUACAUUUUAUGGUGACUUCCAGUUACUAUCUAAUCCAGCCUCUUUUGAAGAUGCUUUGAAAAUUUAUGCUGAACUUCCAAAAUUGUUGGGAGAGAACAAAGAACUGGUCGUUCCAUUGAGAGUGUGGCUUUUUCCCUUGGACAAACUACACACGAGAGCUGCAAAACUUCAAAGAAACAUCAGCAUAGAUCUAAUGAAAAACUUCGAAUCAGUCAUUGAGAGUUUAAGCGCAAUUGAGAUGAAAUGCAGUGACAUUCUAAAAGACACACCUGCUUUGACUUUUGCUGCGUUUAAUGACAAAAUACAAAACAUGAAGCAAAAUUGUUGCAACUACAAGUUGAGUCUCAUGAAGAAACUUGGGAUUGUUUUGCCAAAAAUCCGUGGGGACAUGGAAAAGGAUACAGCUCUUACUGAUCUUCUGCAUGAGCAUGAGGAGUCUCCAUUCAGAGGAAGUGAUCUAGAACAAUGGCUGAAAGAGAAAGAAAAUGAAUCAGAUGUGUUUAAAACUUUGCUCAGACAACUAGAUGAUUUUGGAGCAAAGGUAGAAAUCAACGUAGAUAAAAGUUUGAUGGAUCUGGAAGUUGAAAAUUUGGUCUGCUACACUUUUACAUCCUUUGAGAGGUCAGAUGUGCUCCUUUCUAAACAAAAGGAUUACCUGAGUCCUUCAUCAAGGAGAAGCAACAAUGAGAGCCCCACUGAAUCCAAGCUGAAUAAAUGUCUGACUCCUGAAAUCAAAAAUACAAUGAGGAACAACUUGAAGUUGUUUAAAAGCUUGAUCAGUUCAAAAGACCGAAAACCAGCCAAGUUUAUCAUUACAUCAAAAGAAAUGGGGAAUAAUUUAGGUUCCUGCAUUCUCCUGUAUGAAAAUGGAUGUGAUGAAGCUGUUUGCUUUACUCCUCCAUCAAAACCAGACAGUCCCAUUGUUGAACAGGUUAGAGAUGGCAGUGUGGUUUUAAAGGUACCUUCACCAUGUCCAGCUACAGUGGAGCUCAGGUUGCUGUACAAAAUGAAAGAAGGGACAGGCUGGAACUAUCAGCCUGUGUUGCCGAGUCAAGAUACAGUUACUCUGACUGAUCUCAGUCCAGACACUGAGUAUGAGAUUAAAUGUGCAGCAGUGGGGAAACUGAACUACAAUGUAUACAGUGAUGCCAUAGUUAUCAGUGAGAGAACUACAAGGAUCAAAGGAGAGCAGCAAACUGGAUUUGAAGAUUAUUGUACAAUAUCACAGGAGGACCUGGACGAUUUCAAAAAAUCCAUAUCUACUCAGGAUCUCCCAUCAGCAAUAAACAUGAUUGAAGAAUACCUCAAACAGCAAGAUCUUGUAGAACUUAACAUUGGUGUGACGGGAGAGUCAGGUUCUGGAAAGUCCACGUUUGUCAAUGCAUUCAGGGGUUUAGGGGAUGAAGACGAAGGCUCUGCUAAAACUGGCCCUGUAGAAACCACUAUGGAGCCUAAAGUUUACCUUCACCCUAAAUACAAAAAUGUGAAAGUGUGGGAUCUUCCUGGCAUCGGAACACCAAACCUAAAUGUCGAUGAGUAUCUUAAACUGGUUCAGUUUGAACGCUAUGAUUUUUUCAUCAUCAUUGCUUUGGAUCGGUUCAGAGAAUGCCACACUCAGCUGGCCAAAGAGAUCAAGAACAUGGGGAAAAAGUUUUAUUUUGUUUGUUCUAAGAUUGACUCAACUAUUACUGCUGAGAAGAGGAAGAAGAACUUUGACCAGAAAAAGACACUGGAUACCAUCCGAGAGGAUUGUGAAAAUGGGCUGAGAAAGAUCGAAAUAGAGGAUCCUGUCGUGUUCUUGAUCUCUUGCUUUGAGCUCGGCAAGUAUGAUUUAAAUCAGCUGCAGGAAAGGAUGGAGAAAGAGAUUCCACAGCAUAAGAGACGUGUGCUGCUGUUGGCUUUGCUGAAUAUUACACUGGAGAUUAAUGAGAAAAAGAAGAAAGCUUUAGAGGCAAAUAUUGAAAAUGUAGCCCUUCUGUCUGCUUGUGUGGCUUCAGUUCCUCGUCUUUCAGUUGCUGUGGAUUUAGCCAUUAUCAAAAAAGAGGCUGAAACAUACUACAAUACCUUUGGUCUGGAUGAUACAUCCCUACAGAAGCUCUGUGAGAAAUCUGGGAAGAGCAUAGAAGAGCUGAAGAGUCUGAUGAAGUGUCCUCUGCGUGAUGGGAUAAACCCAGCUUCAAUAUCAGCCUUACUGGGUGCUACAUCCCUGUCUGUGGCUGAAAAUGUAGUUGAGUAUGUUGUGAGCACCCUACCCUUUAUUAGCUCUGUGGUGGCAGGAGGAAUGUCCUAUAUGACAGUCUCAACAAUGCUGAAGAGAGCUCUGAAUGACAUAGCAGAAGAUGCCAGAACAGUGCUGAUUGCUUUACUGGAAACUAUGUAGACUUAAAAUGUGACAGUUAUAUUCAGCAGCAUUUAUAAUUAAUAGACAUUUUCAAUAUAGAUUUUCUCAGUGAUGCUUAAGAGAGCUCUGAAUAACAUAGCAAAAGAUGCCAGAAGUGUGCUAAUGGAUUCAGUGGCUCGAAUGUUUGUCCAUUUGUGUGCACUGAUGCCGUGUUGAAAUAAUUGCAUGUGUUUAACAGCCGCCGCUUUCUCAUUUCGGCUUGAGUAAAACUUCAUGUUCUGUUAAGUUUGGAAUAUUCUUUACAUAGUAAUCAUCAGAAUAUCUCUUCUCCUGUCUCUGAAAAUGUCCAGAUUUCUAAAUGUUCUUGCGGACAAUCAUUUUAGUCAACUUGGUGACUACGGCACAUUGAAAAUACUACAGGAAAUAAAUUAGUUGUACUAUUUCAAAACGGAAGUGCAUCACAAAGCUCAGUGCAAGUAGUCCAUUACCUGAAUAUGUAAGUUUAAGAUAUCUUAUAACUCUUCGACAAGCAUCAUAAAGUCUUAUUGAUUCAAAUGAUAGCAAUAUUGAUCAUUUAUCACGUAUAGCAGACUAGCGCGCUAAUCGCGACACACCUAUGCUUAGACACGCUAAACUGAUGACACUAAUAAAGUAAAAUGGUAACACUUUACAUUAAGGUUUCCUUUGUAAAGGGUUUAUAAAGGUAUUUGUUAAUGAGUAAUAAGUCACAAAUACAUUAUAAAUUAUUAAUAAGCAGUUAUAACUGCAUAAAUAAAAAAGGGCGACUUUAAUGCAAUACCUGCCAAAUAGUGAGCUUUUUUUUUAACUCAGAUGUUAUAAAUGCUUAAUAAAUGUAUUUAUUCACACUUAUUUAACUCAAAACCAGAUUCCUGGUUUAUUUCAUUAUGCAGCAAAAAUUGACUAUCCUAAUUAGACUGAAGGGUGUUGUAUUUGUGGUUUUCUUAUUAAUAUCUCAUGACUGCCACUUUUCUUACUAUGUUGCUUACCAGAAGUGUCUGUCUUACCCAUGAUACGCUCCAAAAAGGUCAUGAUGCCUAUCCAGAGCAGUGUAUAAAAACUGAUUUCUGUUUUUUUUUAAAGAUGAAAUUCCAACUUUAUUUUGAAAAUAAAACAUAAGAUAAUAACCAUCAGUGGUGUAUAAAGUACACAAAAACCAUACUUGAGUAAAAGUAUAGAUAUCUUACCAGAAAAUGACUUUGGUAGAAGUCAAAGUCACUGUUAAGAAUAUUGCUUGAGUAAAAGUUUUAAAGUAUGUGAUAUUUUUUGUACUUAAGUACGAUUUUUUUUUUUUUUUUGAUAUUAAACAUACUUAAGUAUUGAAAGUAAAAGUACAAGUAAAUGUAAAAUACUAAAGGAGCAAAAAAUAUUAUUAAAAAUUGUUCUAUACACAGUUUGAGCAGCAAGAUUGUGUUCAGUUUUAACUCUUUCUUACAUUUUGUUUCUUUGAGUUAAAAAAUGGCUAAAUGUUUAUUGUAAUUUUUAAAUAUAAAAAAUACUAAUAUAUUAAUUAUACAUUGAUCGUUCAUGUUAAUUCAUAGUGUAUUAUAACUAAUGUAAGAGACAACUUUAAAAUGUAAAUGUUGAAAUUAACAAUGAACAAUACUUUUAUUAACCUUAUUUAAUGUUACAAAUGGACUCUUAUUGUAAAGUGUUACCAUUUCAUAUAAAUCCAAACAGUCAUGCUUAAAAAUAACCAUCUUUACACACAAAGGCAUAGCAUGGUUCUAUUAUACGUAUACUUUCACAUUAUUUGCCUCUAUUUUAGAAAACUUGAAGAUUAUCUAGUCAAAAUGUGUUACAGUGACGAUAAAAAAAAAUAAAAAAAAAACUGAAAUCGAAUACAUUUCUGAUUUUAUAUGUUUCUGUCGCUGCAUGAUGAGGACACAGUUUAAAUAUGCAACUUCGCUGGAUAACGAAUGCAUAACAGCGAACAAAUGGAUAUAAACUAAUGCAAAUGAAUGGUAACAAUCGUGACAUUAAACAGUUGGUGUUUUUGUCACAUUGUUUUAACCGCUUGAGGUACUAAUGUUAGCAUCCUCUCAGCCUCGACGGCAAAAUGUUCUUCACUAAUGCAGCAUCUAGUCAACAAACUAAUUACUUUAUAAUGAUUUGAAAACAUGUACUGUAGUGUACACUGUGUAACAUACUGUUUUGUUGUCCGUUUUAAAUCCGUUUUUGAAGUGUCGCGCUAUGUGCAGCGCGGAGCCUCACGUCACAUGUCAAAACAAACUCUACGAGGCAUCAGUGAUAGUUUUUAUGUCGCCUCUAGAGGCCGCUCUCGUACUGUAUAAUGACAGCGCACUCUUCUCUGCCGCUCCAGCAACGGACGCAACCCGGAAAAUGAAAUCAACCGCGGUUGUGCGAGCACUUGUUUGCGCAUGGCUUUCUUGCAGUCUGUGUUCUUCCGACUUUAUUUUGUAGUAAGUAACGAAAAUGCUUUGGGAAAAUGUAUCGGAGUAAAAGUAUAAAUUUUAUUUAGGAAAUGUAGUGGAGUAAAAGUAAAAGUUGACAGAAAUAUAAAAACUCAAGUAAAGUACAGAUUCUCCCCAAAAAUAUUUAAGUAUUGUAACGAAGUAUUAUUACUUCGUUACAUUACACCACUGAUAACCGUAACUUGAUGCGAUAUUAAUAAUGAAAAAUUUAAUUCCAGUAUUAGUUACCUGUGAACCUUAAUGUAGGGUGGACACUUGUGAACCAUUUAUUCAUAAGUUAUAAACAUUAAUAAGUUGUGAAAGUGAACAUUAAUGUAAAGUGGAAACCUGUGAACCACUUAUUAAUGAGUUAUAAAUGUUGAUAACCUGUGAAAGUGAACCCUGAUGUAAAUUGGAAACCUGUGAACCAUUUAUUAAUGAAUUAUAAACAUUAAUAAUCUGUGAAAGUGAACCUUAAUGUAAAGUGGAAACCUGUGAACCAUUUAUUCAUGAGUUAUAAACAUUAAUAAUCUGUGAAAGUGAACCUUAAUGUAAAGUGGAAACCUGUGAACCAUUUAUUCAUGAGUUAUAAACAUUAAUAACCUGUGAAAAUGAACCUUAAUGUAAAGUGAACACAUGUGAAUCAUGUAUUUAUUAAUUAUUAAUGUACACACAGAAGAUAGUAUUUUUACUAGCCUAUAUUUUAUUUUUUGAUGCAUGUAUCAAUAAACACAACUUUAAACUUGAAACAAAAUUUUACAGCACAAAACUGAGCAUGACUUCUCAUGAAAAGUGGCUUAUGCAAGUAAACUCACAUUAAAAAAUUCAGAGAAACAAUCAAGUAUUCCAAAAAAGAUAAGCAUCACACCUAUAAGCCAAACAUAUUUGAUACAAGCUGAAUAAAGGCACCUAAAUAUGUAUUAUUUUAUUUAACAGUUGUGUAAAUCAUUAAAUCAAUGACCGAAUGCACCAUUACAGAACAUUAGCAUAUUAAUAUGCAAUCAAAAAUUAUUUUUGAUGUAGCCCUCUCACCAAUAAAUAUGGCUCAAAUGUAAAAAAUUAUGUCCAGGGGAACUUCCAAAUUUACAAUGACCCGGUGAAAGGCACAUUUCUAAAUUUACUUAAUUUCUAUUAAUAAAAACACCCCCAGAUCUUCAGAUACCACUAUUAGGGUCAAUUUAGUGUUUUGUAGAUAGAAAGUGGAAGUAACUACAGACUAAAAUUUCAGUUACUGUGGUCCAACAUUCCCAAAUGUAUAACCAUGACCAUACAUUUCUCCUUUCUCCACAGAAAAACACCAGAAUGUGAACUGAACAAUAAACAUGCAUUUAUUAAACUGGAA